AGAAUUAAUGUGGGUAUGAGCGUGUGAGAUACAAUAUAUUUCUGAGAAAAAAGAUUCAAUAAAAAGAGGAAAAUAUAAUUAAAUCAUAAACUUUUCUUCAAAAGAGUACCAGCAUCUUUGAAGUACUGAUAUUCACUGAACAAUUCCAAAAACCCGCUGGUUUUUCCCACAAUUAAUCAAUUCGAUGUACUUCAAGGCACUGAAAAGAACAAAUUGGUCAACCUCAUUGCGAUAAUGUCAAUGUCACGCCCCCAAGAGUGUAUAUAUAGAACAGGAGCAGGCGUGCCGCCCAGUGUACAGUAUCUUUGGACAGGUUGUCCAGUUGUUCUGGCAACCAUGAGGAUACUACCGAUUCUAGUCCUGAUCUUGAUGGUACUCGAUCCCGAUCAGGUGUUGGCCAGACGCAAAAAGGGCAAGCAAAAGGAGGGGAAGGACAAGAACACAGGACCUUGUGGCAAAGCCUACCUUAAGGAGCUCCAUGGCAAGUGCUACUACAUGAGCAACAAGAAGAUCAAUUGGUUUGGCGCGCAGAACAAUUGCCUGCGCAAGGACCUCAAUCUGGCAGAUCUCUCCACCCCGGAGGACUUCAAAGCUGUGGUCCAGUAUCUGAGGGGCUUCCUGGGUGCCGAUGAUUAUUGGUUUGGGGGCAAUGACCUCCAGAUCGAGGGUCGCUUCACCUACAUAAGCUCAGGAAGGGUGGUUCGCUAUUACGGGGAUCUGGGCCUGGUUGAGCCAACAUUUCGAUCCAACCUGGACGAUUGCCUGCAAUUAAGAAUCCGGGAAAACCGCACCGUUGUCCUGGACGACAACUGCGGGGAGAAGAAGUACUUUGUGUGUCAGAAGUCGGAACAGAAGUGCGUCUAUCCCAGCGCCGAUGCCGAGGAGGGCGACGGCCAGCACCACAGCCACGAGCACUUGCAUCACUUCCAUCAUGACGCCGGCAAGGGCGAGGCGGUCAAGGAUCAGGGGACCCACCCCGAGAACGUGGAAAGCGACUCACGGCCACUUGACAAUUCGAAUUCAACGGAAAUUGGCGAGUCGCCGGAGGACGAGCCGGGGGCGGCGACGAAGGUUCCAAGUGAGGGUGAGACCACGUCGCCAGAAGGCGAAGGGGCUACUGGUUCGACGGACGCCUCCAGUACGGAUUCGACGACAACGGCGGCCGGCGGAGGCUCCACGGCGGCUGCGGGAGCAACUGCGGCUACACAAACACCAAGUGCCGCAGGGGCAGAGUCUGCUGCGCCGGCAGCUGGGGCAACUACAGCUACACCUGCACCCGCCGCACCUGCACCUGCCACAUAAAAAUCUAAAAAAUCGAUAAAUAUUCAAGAAUAAUGAGAACUAUCAUAAAAAUAAAAAUGCGAUAUGGGAGUAGA